AUGUACGGCGAUGAUUCGUUAUGUGGGGAAGAGAUUAAUUGUCGUGGAAAAUUUCAGAUAUUUGAAAAGAAAGGCUUCAGUUCAGGGCGGGCGGGGAGGUGCGCGUACGCACGGGGCGUGGUCCUAUCGCUCUAUUUGCGCCAGAGCCGCUUCGGAUGCUGCGGCGGACGCACCUGUCGUCACACCGCGGACCACACGCCCGCCGCGUUUAUUUACGGGGCGAUGUUAAGUGUGACCGUGGCGGCGCUAGCGUGCCUCUGGCUGGCGCGCGCCUCGCCGGCAGACCCGCACGGGCUGCGGACACUCAACGGUUACACAAACAAGGAAUUGGGCAGCAUAUUGGCGAGUAUUGACGAGCGACUCAGAGUACUGGACACAAUAAGCGCUGUGCAAGCGAAACAAGCCCGUCGACUAGACGUCAUACAAGACAAACUGGAUCGAGUUGAAACUGCUUUAUCCCUAAAACUAGAGAGAGCUCAAUUGGCUGCAGAAAGAUUAGAACAUAGGCUUCACAUGUUACAGACAAGUGUACAGAAUUCCAUAAAGGAGAGCGGUGAGACAAUAGAAAAAAGCCACACAAAAAUAGUAGAAGUGGCUCAGAAUCUGACAAACCACAUUAUCUCGCAUACCCAUCUGUUACAGAAGGUGAGUGGAGCCUACGCGGACACUUGGCGACGAGGUCUCCUGUUGGAGUCCUUGGUACGAGACGGAAUGUCGCUGGUGAACGUGACACGCCGCGAAUUAGCCGACGGGCUGCGAGCUCUCGCUAGACGACAGAGAGACGCGAGGAUCACAUCCGCUGACUUGGAAGCUAGCUUCUCUAGACGUCUCCAGGACAAUACAUAUAAGUUUGACUUAAAGAUGCAGGAAGUGUUGGACGCGCAAAAGCGGUUCGUCGAUUCGUGUCAAAGGGUUCAACUAGACGACCCCACACACGUGGCUGAUGUUUUAGACAAGUUGAUCGACUCUCUUAUAAACAAGACAGCUUCAACGUUUAGAGAACUACAAAACAUACAAGUAAACAUGCGAAAUCACGACACCAAAGUUAUGAAAUUAAUCGGGAAUCGACCAAUUCAGGGUGAUGGCGCGUGCAAACGACUCGAGACGAUAUUCCGAAACUCAUCGCAUUCAGCGUUCAGCGAAAAGGAGUUGCAACAGCUGACUGAGAAGUUCAUAGCUCUGACGAACAGAGCUGACGCAGCGCUACAGAAACUGGAAGUACGGGUUACUGAAGACGCGGUGGAGCCCGCGCCACCCUCUGACGUCACAGCCGCCGCCGACCAACUACUGCUUAAACUUAAAGGAAUCAAGAGUGAACAAAGUAUAGAGGAUGACGAUUGGGAUGAUGAACAGGAUGCAAAUUUUUUCGAUGAUAAUAUAAGUGACUUCUCCGAAGAGGAACAAGAGCUCAUCAACAAAGCUGAAAAAAGUAAGCUCACAACAACUGAAACGCCUCUCACAAACCCACACCGGAGACAUCUGCAUAAACACCCAUAUGACCGGGGUCCUCGGUAG